AUGGAAUGUUACAAAGUGGUUGAUAGUUACAAUAACGAAGAGAAUAGAAGUUUAUUAAAUAAAUUAAACAUCAACAUAACAGUAGUUAACUACUUAGAAAUGGAUAAUCAUCAAAUUAACAAUACAAGGGACGAAGAAGACGAAGACAAGAACAUUUCAUUUCAAUGUGACGUUAAUAAAAAGGGGUUUAGGAAGAUUUAUGAAAAUGUAGUUACUCAGGAAGACUUCGGUACAUGCAAUUUAAAUACGAACCAUUUAAAAACGUGUACCAAUAUUAAUACCAUGGGAGAUCAUUCUGAUUCUGUAAAUACUUUCGUACAUGUAGAGAAUGAUAAAAGAAGUAAUAACUGUUCUAAUUGUGAUGAAAGUAUUAUUAAUAAUAAAAUUUACAAAGACGACAUAACAGAAAACUACUCCAAUGAUAUAAGAAACCAAAUGAAUAGAUCUAUUAGUGGAAGCAAUUUAAAUGAUAACGUUAAUAAUGAAAAAGUGGCAGAAUGUAUGGACAAAAUGAGCAAGUGUGGACAUGUGGAAGAGGUAUCUCCUUUAGUUUCUGAACAGAAUGGAGGUAAUAAUAAUGAUAAUAAUAUUAGCAAUAGUGGAAGUGGAAGUGGCAAGACGGCCAUGGAAACUGUUGAGGCUAACGAAAACAUCAACAUAAUACAAAACAUUUUAUACGAAUCAAAAGAGUUAUUACCAGAUGAUGGGGGAAAAAAUGAACAUGCAAUAAAAUGCAAUAAAAAUAUGAACAAUUCAGAAAAUGCACAAGAAAUGGUGGCAGAUUUAGUGAAUCCUGAUACAAACAUAAAAAAUCAAAUAAGCAUUCCAGAGGAACAUACAACUGCGAUAAAUGAUCAUUUGGAGGAAAAAAAUGAAGAGGAGGAGAAAAUCGAAAAAAAGAAUAAAAAUGAUAAAAAAGGGAAAAAAGAAAACAUAUUAAUGCUUCCGUCAAAUGCAUUCUUAAGAAAUGUAGUUACCAAAAAAUCAGCCAACAUGAAAAAUAGUAUACACAAUCAGAAUCUAACUAAUGUAAACUCAAUCACACUGGAGUCUUCACAUACUAUAGGAACUAUGAACAAUAAUAGAACUAGCGAUUUCACCAACCUUAGUGGAAACAUCUACGGGAGAGUUGGUAUUAUCAAUGAGAAUACUAACAACUGCAUUACAGACGUGGAUAAAAGAGCUGAACCCUUGAGUUACGAUGAUACAAAUGACAAUAACAUAGCUGAGGAAGAUUUAAAUUUCAUUUACUCCCUUAUAGGUGAUGAGUUAACCAAAUGUGAAAAAUAUGAUAAAGAAAUAAAGAGAGUAAAGAACGAGAUGAUUUGUAUGUAUAACAAUGACCCAACUCGAUUGUUAACUCUAGGACAUUGUUUAUCAAAAAUAAAAUCAAAUAAGAAGUUAAUAGAAGUUUUGUUUUAUAUUUUAGUAAAUAAUAAAUUGAUCAAUAUGAAUUGCCAUUUACAAAGUAACGAAAUAGAAAUGGUUCCAACUUAUUUAAGUUAUGACCGUGUUCAUAAUAUUCAUAAAAAAUGGAGAGAUAAUUACCAAACUACUUCUUUGGACUUAAAAAAAAAAAGAUAUCGUGAUAGCUCCAGUGAAAAAAAUUUUGCAUUAUUAGGUGAUACUCCAGUUAAGUUAAGUAGUAGGAGGAAGGGAUGCAAUGAAAAUAUUGUCGAUGUAGGUACGAAUAAGGGAUCAAUUUUGAAAGAGGAGCAAAUGACAGAGUUAGAUAAUGCCAUUAGUCUAAGUAACGAAUACGAUCAUAUCAACCGAAAUGAUGAUAAACAUCUAAGUAACACCAACUUGCCACUUUACUAUAACGGAAGGAAUAUAUAUCCAAAUUCAAAUAGGAAAAUAGGAAAAAAGGAAAAUGGAAAUGAUAAGAAGUGGCAUACUGUUUCUCUAAAGGGUAAGUCAUCAUCCAACAAUGACAACAAGAAUGUAGACAUUAUGGAUAACACAUAUAUCAAUAGAGAUAAUUCGUCUGAACUUGUAAAGAACAAUUUGUUGAGGCAAGAAGAGGAAAAUAUAUUAUUAAAAGGAAUGGCUAACAACAUAGACGAUAAUAAAAACAGAUUUGCUGGAGGUGAUAAGAUGAACCUUUUUGAGAGUAAGGAUAACUUGGAUUCGUACAGUAAGGUUACCUGUGUAAAUAAUAGAAACAGUGAAAACUGUGAAAUAAACAAUUGCACCUACGAAUGGUUAGAAAAAAAUUUAAGUGAGGAACAAAAAGAAAAACAAACUGCUGUAUAUAAUGAAGGAAAUAAGAAGAUACAAUGGAGUAAUAAUGAAGAAGGGAACGACUUGACAAAGAAGGAAGAUAGGCGUAAACUGUAUAAAUGUGUUAGCUGUGAUAAAAUAUGUACAUAUGUAUACUAUAUACUGAAACCUAAUAAUUUAAAAAAGAUUUCUUAUGGAGUUUUAGAUAAGUGUAUAUGGUGCAGUAAUUGCUACAACUCGAGUAAGUAUCCAAAUAUUCUAAACUCUUCGAAUUUUGUUAAGGUAAAUAUACCAUUUAAUUUUUUAGAUAGUGAUUGGAGUAUAACAGAAACCGAAAAAUUAAUCGAUGCUGUCUGUAAAUAUAAAAAUGAUUGGGAAAAAAUUAGUGAAUAUGUUCAAUCAAAAACACCAUAUGAUUGUAUUUAUAAGUUCAUUUCUAUGCCUUUAUCAAACCCUUAUUUUGAUUUAGAUAACCUUUUAAACAUUAACGAUAUUUCUUUUAGCACAUAUAAACAAAACAAUACACUCCUAUCUCUUCUUUCAUUUAUUUGCAAUCAUAUUAGUCCCUAUAUAGGAGCAUAUGCUGCUAAAAAAAUAGUAGAUCUUAUUUUGGAAAAACAGAAAAACGCAAUCCUUCGAAACGAAAGUGAGAGGAGGAAAAAGAAGGAAACAAAAGAACACCUUAAGGAACAAGAGGGUUACAUUAAGGAACGGGAGGGUUACAUUAAGGAACAAGAGGGUUACAUUAAGGAACAAGAGGGUUACAUUAAGGAACAAGAGGGUUACAUUAAGGAACAAGAUGAUCAACUUAAGCAAGAAAAAGAAGACGAUGUCAAAUUAAAAAGUAAGGAAGAAGUUGAAACGUCCCUAGAUGAACAAUCGAACAGGAUAGGAGACAAGGAGAGUAAUGAACCGAAUAACACUAGUGGUGAACGUGGGAAAAAACAAAAUGAUACACGUACACAAAAUGGUGAAGAUAAAGCCUUAUAUAAUAUCAUUGCCAACUCACGGCAAUACAGUAAAAACGAAAUUUUACCUUUACAUGAACAUAAGGAUAUUGGCGGGCAUGAACAGAUGAAGGGCAGUAAUGCCCCCAUAAGCUCAGGGAAUGACACAGAGGAUUACAAGUGCAAUGAGGGCAAUGAGGGCAAUGAGGGCAAUGAUGGUAGUGAUGGAAGUGAUGGAAGUGAUGGAGAGGUUGGUCAUAAUGGUGAUAAUAUAGAUGCAGAAAACGAAAUACGUAUGUAUUCCCCCUUUGGCUGUAGUAGUGGUGGUAAUAAUAAAUAUGAAGAAGAAGAUAGCGCAAAUAAUGAUCAUAUAGGGAAUAGCAGCGAUAAUAAUGGCAAUAAUAAUGAUGGUAAUAACAACAACAAUGAUGGUAAUAACAACAACAAUGAUGGUAAUGACAACAAUAAAGAGAGCAGUAAUAGCUGGGAUAAAAAAGAAGAUGAAAACGUAAAUAAUGAUCCUGAUUUUGUACCACUUAAUUUUGAAAGUGUCCUAAAUGAUAACCCUCCUUCCACGUACAUUUUAAAAGAAGCGGACAUGCAAGAAAUUCAUAAUACAGUUAUCGAUGCAUCGAAAAAAAGAGCUAAGGAAUUAGCUGAGCUAGAAAAACAUAAUAUAAAAAAAUUAUUAAGAGAACUCGUACUAUUAAAAACGAGAAAAGUUAAGUUAAAAUUAAAACAAUAUCAGUAUCUUCAGAAUUAUUUUGAAAUUCAAAACCAGUUAAUGGAAAGAAAAAGAGCGCGGCUCAAUGUGAAUAAAGAAACGCCAACACCAUAA